CCAUGUAUAUCUGCAUGCAGUGCGCAUGUGCGCCUGGUCCAUUUCCUGGUCCGACCUUCUCAUAUAAAUACGCAGGGUUACAAGACAAGAGUUCGUCAGAAAAUACGAACCCAAUGAUUCCUAUAUGUCCAGUGGUCUCCUUCACCUAUGUGCCCAGCCGGCUUGGUGAAGAUGCCAAAAUGGCUACCGGCAACUACUUUGGAUUUACCCACGGUGGUGCUGCACAGUACAGUCAGCAGCCAGCUGCGGGGGUGGCCUACACCCACCCUACCACCGUGGCCAGCUACACCGUACACCAGGCACCGAUGGCUGCCCACUCCGUGGCAGCAGCCUACGCUCCCACCGGCGCCACAGUCGCCGUAGCCAGGCCUGCCCCUGUCGCCGUGGCAGCAGCAGCCACUGCCGCAGCCUACGGAGGGUACCAGGCGGCGCACGCCACCGCUGACUACGGCUACGCACGCCAGCCAGGUCCCCCGCCGCCCCCUGUCACGUCCCAGAACUACCAGGAUUCCUACUCCUACGUACGGCCCACGGCCCCAGCGGUAACCUACGACCCCAAGCAGUACUACCAGCAACCCGUAGCUAGCUCUGCGGUAGCCGCUGCGGUAGCCGUACAGCCCCAACCCACCGCCGAGUCCUACUACCAGACCGCCUCCCUUAACACCUCCUGGGACACCACAUGGAAGAAAUCCCUACCAGCCCCUAAGACAGGCUACAGCCAGGCCAGUCUGACCCCCUACACCCAGACGCAACAGUCUCGUCAGGUGACGGCCAUCAAGCCUGUCACUCCCUCCCCAGCUUCCUCCACAUUCUCCAUUUACCCCGUGUCCACCGUACAGCCUGUGGCUGCCGUCGCCUCCGUCGUCCCCUCCUACUCUCAGAGUCCCACCUACUCCACCAACGCGGUCACGUACUCUGGUACGUCGUACUCGGGCUACGAGGCUGCGGUGUACUCUGCUGCCUCUACCUACUACCAGCAACAACAGCAGCAGCAGAAACAGGCUGUGGCGGCUGUCGCAGCUUCAGCAGCCUGGACAGGCAGCUCCUUCACCAAGAAACCUCCCUUCCAGAGCAAGCAGCUGAAACCCAAGCAGCCCCCCAAACCACCACAGAUCCACUACUGUGAUGUCUGCAAGAUCAGCUGCGCAGGACCCCAGACCUACAAGGAGCACCUGGAGGGCCAGAAGCACAAGAAGAAGGAGGUGGCCCUGAAAGUCUCCCAGAGCAGCAGCAGCAGCAGUAGUGGAGGAGGCUCAGCCCGGGGGACUCAGAACCAGCUCCGCUGUGAGCUCUGUGACGUCUCCUGCACCGGGGCAGAUGCAUACGCUGCACACAUCCGAGGAGCCAAGCACCAGAAGGUGGUGAAGCUCCACACCAAGCUGGGGAAGCCCAUCCCUUCCACAGAACCAAGUGUAGUGACCCAAACCUCCACGACCUCCUCCAAGACUCCUGUCUCCUCCUCUACCACCCCCACAGGCUCCACCUCCAACUCCUCCUACCUGAAGCCGGUUAACAUCGUGAGCCAGGGUGGUGCGGGGGCCGGACUGGGGAAGGGUCUAGUGGGGAACAACCUAUCAGCAGCCAAUGCCACCACAGCUGUCAAGAAGGUCAACACCCCCAAGAUCAACUUUGUCGGGGGAAACAAGCUCCAGACUACCGGGAAGGUGGAGACAUCCAAGCCUCCUCCGUCCUCAUUGGUCCCCCAACCUCAGGAGACAAAGAACGAGUCAUCUGAUUCGCUGUCUACCCUGGCCGCCUUGCAGAAUGACGUGCAGCCCGUUGGACACGACUAUGUGGAAGAGGUGCGUAACGACGAAGGCAAGGUGAUCCGGUUCCACUGUAAGCUGUGUGAAUGUAGCUUCAACGAUCCCAAUGCCAAAGAGAUGCAUCUGAAGGGCAGGAGACACCGCCUGCAGUAUAAGAAAAAGGUGAACCCGGAGCUACAGGUGGAGGUGAAGCCCUCUAUCAGAGCCAGGAAGAUCCAGGAAGAGAAGAUGAGGAAACAGAUGCAGAAGGAGGAGUACUGGAGGAGGAGAGAGGAAGAGGAGAGAUGGAGGAUGGAGAUGAGACGUUAUGAGGAGGAGAUGUACUGGCGUCGUAUGGAGGAGCAGCACCACUGGGACGACAGACGUGGGGGCCCCAGGAUGCCAGGGGACGGACCAUACCUCCAGGGGACCCCUGGCCCACCUGGUCUACUGGGGGUUCGGCCUGGCAUGCCCAUCCCUCAGCCACAGGGACCUGUGCCUCCCCGUCGGCCGGACUCAUCAGACGACCGUUACGUGAUGACGAAGCACGCGACCAUCUACCCCUCUGAGGACGAGCUGCAGGCCAUCCAGAAGAUCGUCUCUAUCACAGAGAGAGCCCUCAAACUGGUCUCAGACAUCAUCAUCGACCAGGACAAGACCAAGGAGACUACUGGGGAGGACAAGGAUACAAAAGAGGUUCCCAAGACUCCCCAAGACCGAGCUCUGAAGGGGGUGAUGAGGGUGGGGGUCCUGGCUAAAGGACUGCUGCUCUGUGGAGACAACAAUGUCAACCUGGUCCUGCUUUGCUCAGAGAAACCCACCAAGAACCUGCUAAGCCGCAUAGUGGAGCAUCUUCCCAAGCAGCUGACGGUGGUGACCCCAGAGAAGUACGAGGUGAAGGGUUCCAUCGAGAACUGUUCCAUCAUCCUGACGUCAGAAGCCGACCCCAAAAUGACAGUCACCAUCACCCUGACCUCCCCCAGCAUCCGAGAGGAGGAGGAGACCCCUACCACACCCCCGCCACGGGACGGAGAUGUAACCUUGGUGAAAGACCCAGAGGACGUCUUGGACAGGCUAAAAUGCCUUGCCGCUCUGGCGGCUCUGCGGCACGCUAAGUGGUUCCAGGCUAGAGCGAACGGACUCCAAUCCUGUGUGAUUGUUAUUCGUAUCCUGCGUGACCUCUGUCAGAGGGUCCCCACAUGGUCCGCCUUCCCCAGCUGGGCCAUGGAGCUGCUGGUAGAGAAGACCAUUAGCAGUGCCUCUGGCCCCCUGAGCCCAGGCGAUGCACUGAGACGAGUCUUUGAAUGUAUUUCCUCUGGGAUUCUGCUCCCCGGUGGCCCGGGAUUGGUCGACCCGUGUGAGAAGAACCCCACUGAUACCCUGACAGCCAUGGAGGAGCAACACAGAGAGGACAUCACCUCAAGUGCCCAGUUUGCUCUGCGGCUGCUAGCCUUCCGUCAGAUCCACAAGGUGCUGGGCAUGGACCCACUGCCCCAGAUGAAACCCCGCUUCAACGUCUGCACCAACCGCAAGCGUCGCCGCGACAACAGCGACGGAACGGACGGAUUCGAGGGUGAAGGGAAGAAGGACAAGAAAGAUUUCGACAGCAGCUGCUAGGACCUGCCCCCCUCUCUCCACCACCCCACCACCCCAAUUCAUUUAAAGUUGUGUGUGUGUGUGUGUGGCCACGUUUCAGGCUGGCUACAUUGCAGUUACCUGCCGGAAUCUCACGACACCUGGAUGUGUGUUUUUAAGAUGAGCGCUAACCAUAAUCCUAUAGCACUCUGAUGAUGGAUUGCACAGGCAAUAACGUGGCGUGCAACCAUUGGUUGAUGCCUGCACUGCAAUGUAGUCUGCCUGGAACGAGCCCUAUGUACUUCUGUCACCUACAGGUGGGUUUGUGUAAAUGCUCAAGACCAACAUCGGACAGGGCCUGGUCCUGUAAGCCAUGAGUAAAUCAGGGUUGUAUUCAUUUGGGCACAUAACAGAAUGUUUUUAAACAUUUUGCAAUUGGGGGGGGAGAACUGAGCAUUUCUAUUGUCAGUCCAUUUUCUUCCUUUUUUGGUCCCAAAUGAACACGACCCAGGCUUGACUGAAUAGGCCUAAUGCAGUACCCAGUUUGUCCACGAUGUUCUGUUUUGGUAGCGAUUGAUAUGACCUGUGGUUGGGACCUAUAAACAUCUCCUUCCUAGCUGAUUCUAUUUCCCCCCACCACCACCAUUUUUAUUUCUCCAGUAGUUACCACGACAACGGGGCUUCCUUUUCCCAACCUUCUCCUUUUUAGACUUUUAUUGUCUGUGUUUUUUGUUAUUUUGUGUUACAGACUUUCCAGUCUUUUUCGAGUUACGAAAAUGUAAACUAGAGUGAGAUCUGUUUUCGUUCCAGUUGUUGAUUUUAGAUCAGGAAGAUCUACGGUAAAUGUUGAUGCAUCACAUGCAUGUUAUUUCUAGUUGCAUAUAUUCAGUGUUGGCUGUUUUUUAGUAAAUUUAAAUACCCAUUUAUGAAGCACAUAAUUCGAUCAGUCACCAGUAAAUGUUUUAUUUUCCUAUAAGCUGUAAUUUUGAAUAUGAUCUUCUUUUUAAGUGUCAUGAUGCUUGUUAAAAGUAGCGUAAAAGCUACGGUCUUGUCCCAUUUUUUUGUUGUUUUGUUAUGGCCAGACUGCAACGUGUUCUAGUGUUUAACACAGGCUCCUUAACUGUGGUGUUUGUACUACAUUUCUGAGGAAAACACUGAUUCCUAAUUUGUUGUUUUGAACGUAGCUCUCUCUAAUAUAUAUAUAUAUAUGGAAAUAUACCGAUGAUAAUCUUGCGAUAGAUCAAAGUGUUUUUAGUUUGGAAGAACUCACGGAUGUGCUUUCAGAUUUUGUUAUUUGUAUUAUGACUUUUAACAUUUUGGUUUAACAGAUUAUAAUGGGACAUUUGUUGGCUUGCCCCAAAUCUAGGUUUAACGCUGCGUACAUAUAGUUCAUUUGAAUAAUGUAUAGAAAAUGAAAAACCGAUUGGAUUAAAAAAAGACGAGCGUA